AUGCGUUCCUGGACGGCGGCACUGGUGCUCAGUGCACUACCGAUCGGCACUGCAAACGCGGCCGACAAGUGCGCGAGCAACGUGCUCGUGCGGGCCUUCGAAGGGCUCCACGUGAACGCGUUGCUCGUGUCGUGCAUGACGCAGCACAACUUUAGCGCUGCGCUCGACGGCUCGGUGGACCUCUCGGCCGCAGACGCGACGACAGCGCCCGCGCAGGUCCAGGCGAUCUGCGCCUCGGACGCGUGCACGACUAUCCUGUCGGCGCUCGUGGCCAGCGCGACCUUUAACCUCACGAACUGCAUCGUCGGCGACAAUGUCGUGCUCCGGACGGAGAUCAGUAGCCUCCAGACCACGUGCCAGACGCUCUCGACGCCGUCUUCGCUGACGAAAGCUCUAGCAGCGGCCCCCAGUGCUGCCCCCGUCGAAGCUCCGGCGGCUGUACCUGCUGUCCCAACUGAGCCAGCGACUCCUGCUCCAGUCGUCUCGACCGAAGACGUGCAACAGGAGCAGCCGAAAGGAGAAGAAGAGCCAAAGCCGAUUGCAGCGCUGAAUGUGCGCGACGGCGCGAAGGUCGGACUUGAGUCGCCUAGUACCUACUGCGACCACUAG